GAAGAUGGCAGAGAGAGUGACUUGGUGGAGAGCGUUUAUGGGGAGCAGUAAGAGAAGUAGCAGUGGUACCAAGGACAUCACCACAGCCACUCAGCUCCCCGACACAGUGAAAGACCCUCUGACGCCCCACGCGCAGGGACUCCUAGCUACACCACACUCAACAGCCUCCAAACUCCCAACCAACCAACAGCCACCAGCAUCACAGCAACCACCAGCAUCACAGCACCCACCAGCAUCACAGCAGUCACCAGCAUCACAGCAGCCACCAGCAUCACAGCAGUCACCAGCAUCACAGCAGCCACCAGCAUCACAGCAGCCACCAGCAUCACAGCAGUCACCAGCAUCCCAGCAGCCACAGGCAGAGCAGUCACAGGCACCAGUCAGUACAGGCACCAGCCUCUUCAGCGACGAGACCUUCGAUGACUCCCAGUUUGAGUCGGUCUUCAACGAACAGACUUGUCGUAGGAACCUGAGGGUGUCUCGGUCAGGCCGGUUUAAGGAGAAAAAGAGGGUACGCUCCAGUCUUCCUACUGAGAAAGAGGACGUACGAUAACGAGGAUGGUGAUGAUGAGGGAGACAGUGGCCAAAGACUGCUCUUACUUCUGACCUUUACUUCAACAUGGCCGUCCGUUCUGGGGGAAGAGGAAGGUAGAUGAAGAUGCAUUGUAAGUUGAAGAUAAGUUGAGGGUAAGUUGAAGAUACGUUGAGGGUAAGUUGAAGAUACGUUGAGGGUAAGUUGAAGAUACGUUGAGGGUAAGUUGAAGAUAAGUUGAGGGUAAGUUGAAGAUACGUUGAGGGUAAGUUGAAGAUACGUUGAGGGUAAGUUGAAGAUACGUUGAGGGUAAGUUGAAGAUACGUUGAGGGUAAGUUGAAGAUAAGUUGAGGGUAAGUUGAAGAUAAGUUGAGGGUAAGUUGAAGAUAAGUUGAGGGUAAGUUGAAGAUAAGUUGAGGGUAAGUUGAAGAUACGUUGAGGGUAAGUUGAAGAUACGUUGAGGGUAAGUUGAAGAUACGUUGAGGGUAAGUUGA